GGGGGCGCUUGAAACUCAAGUGAGUGAAAAUACUUCCUGUCUCUGACGAACGUUUAGGUCUUGUUUGACGUGUUCUGUUGACUUACAAAUCGCUUGAAGGUCCGGGAUAAUUAUGUAUUGAUUGAAGUAUGUAAUUGCGGCCUGGUUCAAUACUUAUUCGAAUCACCUCAAUGCAGCUGGAUUAUAACGGGCUCAAGUUAUUACACUUCCCCAUUUUCUCAUCUUGACCUCUCCCAGUUUGGCUUGUCAGGUUGUGUGGGGUCUUACCUUACUGUCACGCGACGUGUAUAUUGAAAUUGGUGUCACAUUGAAGGCUUUGGAGUCAUGGCGAGGCAGUCUUGCAAAACAACUGUCCAUAUGUCGAACUUCCUGAGAAACGUUGGAAGAUGCCUGUAUGGGAAUGUGUAUGUUUGGUUUAUGGUGACGCUCCUUGUAGCAGACUUGAGUCUGGCGGAGGAGAACGUUUACAUUCACCAUAUAGCUGUCAACAUAAAAGGGGGACAAGAUACCGCUAGCAGAGUGGCAAGAUCAACAGGACUAGUUAAUAAAGGACAGUUGGGAAGCCUAGCUGAUCACUAUUUGUUUGAGAUUCCUGGGCGUGCUCGGAGAUCUGCAAGUCACAGCUCUGAGCAUCAUGAAUCCCUGACAGCACAUCCUGACGUGCUGUGGUUUGAGCAGCAGAUCGAGAAGAAGAGGGUGAAAAGGGACCUCAAGCCUGCACCUCCAUUCCUUCUGAAUGACCCCAACUACAAAGACCAGUGGUACCUGCAUGGAGGGGCUGCUAAUGGGUUCGACAUGAAUGUCAUACCGGCAUGGAAGCGUGGUUACACAGGCAAGGGUGUUGUCAUCACGAUCUUGGAUGAUGGGAUUGAGAGGAACCAUGCUGAUCUCGUCGAUAACUAUGAUCCCUACGCCAGCUAUGAUGUCAAUGGCCAUGAUAACGAUCCCAUGCCAAGAUACGACCCCUCAAAUGAAAACAGACAUGGCACACGAUGUGCAGGGGAGGUGUCUGCAGCCGCCAACAACUCCAAGUGUGGAGUCGGCAUUGCUUACAGGUCCAGAAUUGGAGGUGUACGGAUGUUGGAUGGUGAGGUAUACGAUGCUGUUGAGGCAACAUCACUGAGCUUCAACAACACCUACAUUGACAUCUACUCCGCCAGCUGGGGCCCUGAUGACGAUGGCCGAGUUGUUGAUGGGCCUGGACCGCUUGCCAAGAAAGCAUUUUCAGAAGGCAUAGUAAAGGGCCGAGGCGGGAAAGGAUCCAUCUUUGUGUGGGCAUCUGGUAAUGGUGGCAGUGCGCAGGACUCCUGCAACUGUGACGGGUACACCAACAGUAUCUACACCCUCUCCAUCAGCAGCACCUCAGAGAAGGGGACGAAGCCAUGGUAUCUAGAGGAGUGCAGCUCCACCCUUGCCACCACCUACAGCAGUGGUGCUUACAAUGAGAAACAGAUCACAACAGUAGAUCUCCAUGACAGGUGCACCAGUUCCCACACAGGAACGUCUGCCUCCGCACCCCUUGCUGCCGGGAUUGUUGCUCUGACUCUCGAGGCAAACCCCAACUUGACGUGGAGGGAUGUCCAGUAUAUCACGCUGAUGGCUGCCACACCGGAGCCCUUUGUUGAUGGACAGUGGGUUGUCAAUGCCUUGAAGAGGAAAGUGAGUCUGAGAUAUGGAUAUGGAUUAAUGGACGGAGCCAAGAUGGUUGACCUUGCCCUUCAGUGGACCAACGUUCCGGAGCAGCAUAUCUGUGAAGUUCAUUCCACACAGCAAAAUGUAGCGUUAUCAAGUUCAAAAGUAACAUUAAGAAUACGGACAGAUGGAUGUGGUGGUACUAAUAGAGACGUGAAGUUUCUGGAGCACGUCCAGGCCAAAGUGUCACUGACCGCCCACCGCCGAGGGGACGUCAAGAUAUACCUCACCUCUCCCAGUGGGACAAGAUCCACGCUUCUACCACGGCGUCCAAACGAUUCAAUGGGUGGAAACUUCAACAACUGGGCGUUUCUGUCUGUCCACUUCUGGGGAGAGGGGUCAGAAGGGGAGUGGACGCUGGAGAUUGAGGACACUGGCACCUACGGGUCUGGGGGAGGCACUCUACAGCAGUGGUCACUGGUCCUGCACGGUACGGCAACAGAUCCAGUCCAUCUCCGCCCCGAGGGCCCCCCGGAGCCAGCUUCAUCCUCACCAGCACCAUCCACAACUCCAUCAACCGCAGCGUCCACACGGACUCCAGGCACUGGAUCGACAACACCGUAUAAGUGUGACGAGCAGUGUGCCCUCAACUGCACCGGCCCCAGCCCAACACAGUGUUUACAGUGUGCUAAUUUCAGGGUCACUGACACAGGUGAGUGUGUAGCAGAGUGUGAACCCAUCGGCUACUACAAGGAACUGAACAUGUGCCAACGCUGUCAUCAGACAUGCAGUACGUGCCGUGGGCCACUGAUGUCGGACUGCAUCACGUGUCGUGACGGACACUAUCUCUUGAUCACUUCCAAGGAGCAUGUUUGUGUUGAAGAAUGCUUUGAUGGCUUCUACAAAAAUGAUGGUCAAUGCCUAAGGUGCUCCAGAAUGUGUGAGAAAUGUGCUGAUCUCUCCAACAAGUGCACUUCCUGUGUAGCUGGGAAGGAAUUGUUGGGGGAUAAGUGUGUUGACGUGGAUGAUCAACGUACACACAGACAACGUCCAUCAAGCAAGAUCUGGAUGCCCGACUCGAUACGCAGUGUCGUGGUGGUACUAGUGUCUAUAUGUGGAAUCAUGAUUGUAAUGAUACUUGUUAUUGCCGGAUUCAUAUAUGCCAAAACCAACCAGCGCGCCUUUGCUGGUCCUAUUAUAAUUACAACAAAUUACCUUGUAGUGAUAAGGAAUCCCUCAUUGGCCUAACAAAAGACGAUUUUGAUAAUGAGGAUGAGCUGAGCUAGUUUCCUGUGAUAUAAUUGUUGGCUAUAAUAUAUCUGUGCAUAAUUCCAAGAAUGUCACCCAAUACAGCAGAGAAGCUUGCUUCCAUUUGCAGCAGUUUUUUUACAUCUUCUGUUUUUUUGUAUAACAUGAUAAAUCUCAGGCUUUCAUUUUGACACACCUUGUUUACCACGUUUGAAGAUUAGGUACAGAUAUCACAAACUUGUCGGAAGAUAGGUAUUCCUUCUCAAAGAGGCUGAGUGUAU